AUGCAGAUUUUCAAUCUUCUCAGCCGCAAUCUGCCCGGCGCAUUCAGUACGUUUUUAAUGAUUUAAACGAAAGCAGGCCCCAAAUGUGAAUUUUCAGAAAAUGCGUCGCUUUGCGAGCAGAAAAUGCAGCAGGUGGCCAUGAUUCAGGCGCGGCACCUAGCCGUUCCUGGCGGAAAAGCCGUUUUCAAGAGAGAUAAGCCGCAUUUGAACGUCGGAACGAUCGGACACGUCGAUCACGGAAAGACCACCCUCACCUCGGCCAUCACCAAAGGUUUGUACCGCGGAUUUUUAAAAAAUUAUGAUGUUCUAGCAGCAAAUUUUUGCAUCAUCUCUCGUCCCUGUCUGAUUAGAGUAUCAUUCUUUGCAAUUUUCAGUGCUCGCCACGUCGAAAGGAGCCAAAUACCGCAAAUACGAGGACAUUGACAAUGCUCCAGAAGAAAAGGCGCGCGGAAUCACAAUCAACGCAUUCCACCUCGAAUACGAGACGGCGAAGCGGCACUACGCGCACAUCGACUGUCCCGGACACGCGGAUUACAUCAAGAACAUGAUCACGGGCGCCGCGCAGAUGGAGGGAGCGAUCCUCGUCGUCGCCGCGACGGACGGCCCGAUGCCGCAGACGAAGGAGCACCUGCUGCUCGCGCGUCAAGUCGGAGUGCCCCUCGAGAAUAUUGUCGUGUUUAUGAACAAAGUGGACGAGGUGCCCGACGCGGAGACACGCGAACUCGUCGAAAUGGACAUUCGCGAGCAGCUCAACGAGUUCGGAUAUCCCGGCGACACUUGCCCAGUUAUUUUCGGAUCCGCCCUGUGCGCACUGGAGGGAAAACAGCCGGACAUUGGCGAGGAGGCGGUCAAGCAGCUCCUAGACGUGCUCGACAACAAAUUCGUGAUUCCGGAGCGAAAGACGAACGAGGAGCCGAUGUUCGCCGCCGAGCACGUCUACUCGAUCGUCGGUCGCGGAACCGUGAUCACCGGAAAGCUCGAGAGAGGUGUGCUGAAGCGAGGCGACAAGAUCGAGAUCGUCGGAGGCACGAAAGACGGCACGACCGUCAAAUCGGUCAUCUCGGGCCUGGAAUCGUUCAAAAAGACGGUCGAGGUCGCGGAGCCGGGAGAUCAGCUUGGAGUGCUCCUUAGAGGAUUGGGCCCAAAGGACGUGCGACGCGGAUGUGUCCUUCUGCCGCAGGGACACAAGCACAAGGUGACGGACAAGGUAAAGGCACAGUUGUAUGUGCUGAAGGAGAGUGAAGGCGGCGCCAAGACGCCCAUCGCCAACUAUUUCUCCGAGCACGUCUUCUCGCUGACCUGGGACAGCGGCGCGAGCGUCAAGAUCGUUGGCAAGGACUUUGUGAUGCCCGGAGAGUCCGCUGAGUGAGUUUGGGAUCUUCUCUCGGUUAAAAAACGGCAAUUUGACGGAAAGCCAAUGGAUUCUCUCAAAAUUGGCCUUUUCUUGGUUAAAAAUGAUUCAACGCCAAAGAAAUUUGAAAAUGAGCCUAUUUUAUAAAUUGAGCAAAGUCAUUUUAAACACGCGAAAUUUGCAGAGUGGAGCUCUCGCUGAACCAGCAAAUGUUCAUCGAGCCGCAACAGCGAUUCACGAUCCGAAAGGGAACGAAGACGAUCGGAACGGGCGUGUUCACCGACGUGCUGGCGCCGCAAUCCGACGCCGAAAAGGAUCCAAAAUCGAAGAAGAAGCUGAUGAAGGCCGAAAUGGAGCGGCUGGGCUUCAAUCCGUACGGAGAGCUCGCCGAGAAGCGCCUCAAGCCCGACUUCUCCAAUUCGCCGAAAGACAAUCCGGCUGCCAAGGCUUUCGAGGGACAGCCAUAA